AUGGCUGGCGUGACGGAGCAGGUUCUCCAGAGCUGCUUCUUCACGCAGCUGGGUAGGGUCAGAUCACAUCAGAGGUCCAAAACGUAUGACACUCCUAUCGCGUGGGUUGAGAGGUUUGGGGCGAACGCAAACGUCGGAACUUCCAACACCGACGGCCUGUUCGUCGCCAACGGGCUGCCUCCGGACAAGCUCCCAAUGCCCCGAGGCUCAUACUCCGUUUUCCAGUGCCAGGUCAGUUCCUGCCUCAAAGCCAUGAUCUUCUCCGUGCCCUUAUUGGAGGAUGAGCAGGCGUUUCUAGUUCUGGUAUCUGAAGAUCUGGUAGAUAAGAGCAAGGUGCCCUAG